AUGGCCAGCAACGGCCCUAUUGGUAAGAUAUCUCAAAAGCUUGCCUCAGGUGUUGCAUUUGCUACAGAGGUACACCAGUACAAUAAAGUCAAAAAGGCAGCUCAGAAGCAAAAAGAGUUGGAUAAACUCUCACAGGAGAUCCAACCAGGGGAAGGGAGAUCAAAUAACGCUACACCAUCUCCUACUAGAGAACAAAUGGCCUCAGUAUCUUCGGCUCAAGGUGAAGGUGAUGAGCGAGAAUGGGAGCUCGACGAAGCUCAAGACGAAUUGGUCGAUGGCUCCGAACCACAGCAAAAGUCCAAAGGCGGAGCAGCCAAUCCCGACAAACUCAUUGCAGCCUUUCUUGCUCGUCAUCCUCUCACAGUCCCUUCUACAUCGCCCCCAUCAUAUGAUGCUGCUACUACAACACUACAAGGAGAAAAAUACAAGCUCGAGUUCCCUGUCGUGAUCCCGCAACGUCGCCCUCAGAGCAAGAAACGUGGCUUUAUUAGGGCCUAUGCACCUGAUCUCGAGGAUAUGGGGAUUGAUCAAAGCACCUGGUUAGAUUUCAUCGAGACAUUUAAUGAGGCUAGUCUCGCAAAUCCAUGGAUAAAUGCACUCAACUUAGCGUCCAUUGCGGCAAGUGCAUUACCGUCUGCGAUUUCGAUGGCCGUUUCUGUGGCUGUUAUGGUUGCGACGAAGAUUGCAAUAGAAACACAGUCUCGCUAUCGACAAAAUAAAGCUCUCGACAAACUGAAUGGUGAAUUUUUUCGUCCUCGAGGUCUCUAUUGUCUUGUAAUGACUUGGGACUCUACAUCAACCAACUCGCAGACAACGGAUGUCGAUCUCAUUAACAAUACCAUUCAAAACUCCUUGAACAGCCAGGGGAAAUUAUCACACAAGUUCCAGUCAUCGAGCGGCACAACCAGAGAAUUUGAAUUUAUGCAAACAGCAGAACUAGUAUUUCCGGGACUCGAUUAUCUAGCUUCUGUGCCACAAGGAAAAGAGUCUCAGGGACUCAAGAAUAAAAUCAAAAGGGGGAAAUUAUUUGUGGACGAUUAUAUGGAUCGGAAGGCUCAAGCCAAGUUUGCUGGAGAAAAUCCAGACAAUCUUCUCUCAAAAGGAAUCAAUCCAACAUUUGCAUCUAAAUAUUCCGAUCCAUCUCACCCUAUUCAUAGUGGCUCCUUAUACUCUCUCCUGAGCCUUGGUCACUUCAAUCCACCUACCCUCAGGAAUCUACAGACACGAGGUGCUCGUCCUGGUUUGCUGGGCUCAAGAUCUACUAGGCAAGGUGUAAUCGGUGCACUAGGCGGUCGAAGAGAGUUUUCAAGAUUAGGAGAGCGAGGAAGUGGUGGUCUUUUUGGGCUUAUUGGCACGGCGGCACAUGCUGUUCGGGAUCGUGACCGGGACCAGAACUCGUCUAUAUUACAGAGUCAACCAGACGGGUAUCAGCAAGACCGAUAUCACAAUAAUGACCUCCAGACUAAUUCAGCACGUCAAAUGCCAAUGUCACGAUCAAGAUCAAGCGACAGACCGCUCGGUGUGGGCAGGUUACUCCAGGAGAAAGUCCUUUAUCUUAUGGUUGUCAACAUGCCCACCGACGAAGAACUUGCACAAGCGCGGGAAUUGGCACAGCAAUGGAACAUUCAGAGCUGA